AUGUCCUUGGAUUUACAUGAUGUAUUAGAUUUGACUUUACCUCCAUUAAUAGAAUUUGAAAAUGAAUCCAAUUCUGUAUUUGGACAGUGCUUAGAUUGUGGAAAAGAACGAAUCAGUGAUGGAUGGUGUAAAGGAUGUGAAGCCAAUGCUUUUAAAGAGAAUUUUGGAAAUUGGUCAAGCGAAAAUACUAAUAUUGAUGAUUUUAUUAGAAGUACUCAAUUAAAUGCAACUGGAAGUGUAGAUUAUUUAGAAUAUAUUGAUUUUGAACAGUUUGAUCUUGUAGAAAAUACAAAUAAAGGCGGGGCCUUUAGCACAAUUUAUUCAGCGGUUUGGAUGGAAG